UGGGACUUGUCGAAAUAUUUAUUCUUUCGAUUUACGGAAAAAAUUGCAUUUAUUACUGCAUAGGUCUUAUCUUGUUUCUCCACGAUUAUUCUACAAUGUCACAUCAGUGCAGUUGCGGAGAAAUACAUAAUGAAGGAGAGUUGGGUGUACAGUACAAUUUAUACCAAAAGAUUGAUAUACAAAAUGUUGAAUGUUUAAAUGAAUCCGAAGAAGGCAGCGGUGCUACCGUCUUUAAACCAUGGGAAGAUAGAUUAAGUAGGACCAAAUACGUGGAAAGUGAUAUGGAUAACGAACUUUUAUUUAACAUACCAUUUACAGGAAAUGUAAAAUUAAAAGGACUUAUUGUCAUUGGAGGUGAAGAUGAAGUUCACCCAGAUAAAGUCAAGUUAUAUAAAAAUCGUCCACGCAUGACGUUUGAUAAUGCCACAGUACCUGACCAGGAAUUUGAGUUAUGUGCAGAUAAUAAUGGAAUACAUGAAUAUGCCCCCAAGGUGGUAAAAUUUUCAUCAGUUAAUCAUUUAAGCUUGUAUUUUACUGGACGCGAAGGACAGGACAAAAUCAAGAUUUAUUAUAUUGGCUUGAAAGGGGAAUGGUCACCUGGUCAUCAACAUGGAGUUACCAUUUGUAGUUACGAAUUACUUCCACAGAUGAAUGACCAUCCAAAGGAUCACACUGAGUUUGAUAGAACAGUCAGUUAAUUUUGUAACAAUACAUUGGUGGAAAAUCUUUUCUGUUUCA